AUAGACGUUAAAAUGAUAACGAACAUUGUACAUACGAGGUAUGGAACUGGAAGACAAGAAACUGCGCAGACUUGCAACAUUUUCAAAUUAUGCAAACAACCACAAUGUGUUUAUUUGUGAUUUAGUGAGAUUAGGAUACAUUUAUUUAGGGUACGAUGAUGCAUUGAAAUGUACAGGAUGCAGCAACAUUUACUGUACCUGGACAGACAUCGAGGACUUGACCAAACAACACACAUCUACGGCACAGAAUUGUGUAUUUACAGUGGGUGGCAGGAAAACUGAAAAUGACAGUGUAGAGAAUGUCUCAAAACCUAAUCAAUGGCAAAAGGACCAAUCUAAUCCUGGCGAUUCCAGUAAAGAAUAUGCAACUACCGCAUUCAUUAAGAAUGUUAAGUAUCCUUCGUACAGAAUUACUGAGGCGAGAACUACAAGUUUCCAGGGAGCGCCCAGGAUUCUCGCCGAAUCUGCUGUAAGCGCUGCACAUGCGGGAUUUUUCUUCUCAGGUUAUAAUGACCAUGUAAGAUGUUUUUGCUGUGGGGGGACGCUGGGUGGGUGGCAGGAGGGAGAAGAUGCGUGGGAGGAGCACGAGAAAUGGUUCCCGGACUGCGAGUUCCUCCGGAACAAACCCCACAGGAAGAUGGAUAACAAAGAAGAAACUGACCCGACCUUUAAAACGACUGCGGCAUCUGAAAACCCUCCAUAUGAAAAGGGUAAAAAAUUGAUUAUCCCUGAACAGAAAAAUCAUACCUUACCAACAACUGAAGAAUUGAUGUCUUCUGCUAGCGCCUUGCCAACAACUGAAGAAUUGAUGUCUUCUGCUGGCGCCUUGGCUGUGUUGGAGAUGGGAUAUUCGGUAGAGAUAGUUAAGUCUGCGAUAGAAAUUUGGAAGAUAUCGUCUCACAAGCUAGAGCCCUCGUCAUUGGAUAUUGUUAACGUCAUACUGAAUAACGAAGAACUUGACUCGUUCACAGAGAUAUCAUCGAACGCAGUGGCCGCUCACCAAGAUGAUGGCACUGGUGACAUCCUUACAAACACGAUGGAGUCGAAAAAACGAGAACAAGGAAGACUCUCGCACAGAAAUGAAAUUGAUUCAGGUCGUUCUUUAUCCCAAAGAAGUGUUCCUAAAAGUGAAAGAGUCACAGAGAAAAACCAGAGUCUGGCAGUAUUAAGAGACAGUGAAGACAGAAAGACGGCACAAAAUUUACAACAGAUACAGCACCACACAUCUGUCUCUCUUACCGAGCCGUCUCCAACAGACGACCAGGAAACUUCAAAUCCGGUAUCUACAUUACAGACAGAAAAGCGUGAUACGUCAGAAUAUUGCUCAAUUCAGCGAGAGGCUCAGAAACUUCAAGAUUUGACUCUGUGUAAAAUAUGUAUGGUAGCGGGAGUCAACAUCGUCUUCAUGCCGUGCGGCCAUAUUGUCUCGUGUUCCAGCUGCUCCAAAGGCAUUAAAAAGUGUCCUCUAUGUAGACAGAAAAUAAAGGGCACAAUAAAAGCGUACCUGUCGUGAUUUCGUGGACAGACUAUACAUUGUAGCAUAUAUAAUUAUGUUAUAUGUAUAAUAUUGAAUAUGCAUUGCAAAGGGAAUUUCAAGGUAAUCAAAUAUGUACAUGGAAACAACGUUCUUUUAGUGACAGCUGUUAAAAUAAAAAUACAGUACAUUAAAAGUUGGUGUCUGACUGUCA